AAAUUUCCUCAUUCUGCCGAUUAACCCAUACAAUUGGAGAUUCAACUGAAUAAAAAGAAUUAUAAUACAUGUACUCAGUUAUUUAGUUUUAUGUAGUUGAAUCGCUAAUUGUAUGGGUUAAUCGGCAGAAUGAGGAAAUUUUCGUUUUAAUUGCAAAAUUCCUACCUCCAGACUAUUGUUAUAUUAAGGGGGUUCCCCUUCCAACAUCUGGAAAAGUGCUGAUAUAUUUCUGAUGUAAUAUCUGAUGUAUCCGCACUGAUGGAUCCGGGGAGGGGGGCAGACAUUAAUUGUCUGGGAGAGAAACCUAUAGCAUACUGUAUUGUAAAAAACCAACUGCAACAUUUACUGACCUUACGCAACGUUGUGUUGUCAUGGGUGUAAAUAAAUAAAUUGUGUAAUCAUACCACAAGCUGAACAUUCUCUCCUUGUUUUUUUCUGCCCAAAAGAUACUUUGUUUAAUUUCUACUUCCAUUUCAGGAAUGGUGUCACACAUCGUAAGAUAAAGGAUGGGGUCUGUAUUUAGUGAAUUACAACAGUUGUACUCAAGUGCUAAUGAAAGUAUUACCUGGUACUCUAUUGUAAUAUACAGUGUGAUACUGCUAGCAUCAUGGGUGGCAUACUGUUGGCUGAUCCAGCCUUUGAUGUCUCCAUUGAGAAAGGUGCCAGGCUUACCAUGGAAUCCCUUCAUUGGCAACAUGCCAGAUGUGAUGAGAGGGCAGGCCAUGGAGUCAAGUUCAGAGUGGGUGGAGAAGUAUGGUCCUAUAGUGCGCUAUCACUUUUUCUUUGGGACAGAAAGAUUGAUGGUGGCUCACCCUGACGGUCUUAAGCACAUCAUGGUUAACAAUAGCAAGAAUUACAUUAAGCCUCCUGGCAGAAUGAAGGCAAUUAAGAAGUUUUUAGGGAAUGGCCUUGUGUUAUCUGAUGGUGCGGAACACAGAGCACAGAGAAAGUUAAUCAACCCUGCCUUUAAUACGCAGUCUAUCAAGAAAAUGCUUCCUGUGUUUGAAUCAUGUGGAAAGCAGCUGACAGAACUUUGGCACUCCCGCUACGAGAAACUUCAUGGUGACAAUAAUUAUGCGGACAUGGAGGUUGGCUCUGAUCUCUUAUCAAUGUCAUUAGAUGCUAUAGGCCAGUGUGCCUUUGGCUACAAGUUCAAUGCACUAGAAUCAUCUCUAAAGAAGACAGAUGAUGAAAGUGGAACAACACACUCAUUCCAGAGAAUGAUAUCUGGGGGAGGCCUAAGCUGGAAGAUGAUGCUGCCGUUCUGGGACAAGUUGCCAUUUGAGGAUGUUAGAAAGAUGAAUGCAGACUCUGCUAUGGUCCAGAAAACAGUGUUUAAAGUUAUCAACCAGAAGAAGGCUCAACUGGAACAGGAAGAAGAAAAGCUGACACAUGACCUAUUAGACAUGCUGGUGUUAGCAAGAGAUGAGGAGACUGGAAAAGGCUUGAGUGACCUUGAACUUAAAGACCAGGUCAUGACAUUUCUCCUUGCAGGCCAUGAGACAACCAGCACAGGUCUAUCCUGGAUUCUCCUACAGAUGGCAAAUCAUCCAGAAUGUCAACAGAAAGUCCGCCAAGAAGCUCAAGAAAUUCUGCCUAAAGAUGGCACCCUCAUCAGUUGGGAUGACUUAGACAAGCUCAAGUAUACACAUGCAGUUAUCAAAGAAACACUGAGACUACUUCCUCCAGUGCCUCUGACAUUGCGACAAGCUUUGAAUGAUGAUGUCAUAUGUGGCUAUUUCAUACCAGCGGGAACAAUUAUUUUGCUUUGUCCUGGAGUUAUGAUGAGGCAACAGGACUCAUUCGAUGAUCCUCUCAAGUUCAACCCUGACAGAUUCAUGAAUGAAACCAAUGACACUAAUCCAUACAAUUUCCUCCCCUUUCUGCUGGGACCCAGGAUGUGUAUUGGACAUAAAUUUGCUAUGGCUCAAAUGAAACUUAUCCUAGCCAUGGUUGUUAGAGAGUUUCAAUUAGCCUUAGACCCUGUAUAUACAUACAAAAGAAAGCAGAGAAUAACAAUGAGACCUGACCCUAGCCUCAGUCUAAGAGUGUGCCCUGUGGAUUAA